AUGCAGGGCCGCAUGGUGAGGAGCUGGGCUCCUCUGGGUGUGCUCCUCAUCUGUCUUCAUCUCCCAGGCCUCUCUGCCCGGAGCAUUGGUGCAGCGGAAGAGAAAGCGCCCCAAGACUCAGGGACCAAUUUGCUUCUGCCUGGACAACCUUCCUCAACUGGCCCCUCCAACUCUGAACAUCCUCAGUCCCAACCAGAACUUAAGUCUAAUGAUUUAAGGAGCGCUCCUCUGAAUCCCAAUGCCUCUCCAUCAGAUGGCUCCCAAGCUGCAGGGGGUCCUGGAGUUCAGAGUUGGGCCCCAUCUGAGGGACUGUCUUAUGUGGAUUCCUGGGCCUAUGAGGAUCCUUGGCAGAUGAUGGCCGCUGGGAAUGAGGACUAUGUGGGGGAAGCACUGCCCCAGGAGCUGUAUUUCUUUUCUAAUGAUGCUGACCUCCCUCCAGGCAGCGGGCCCUUGCCUGCAGGGUCCUCAGGACACCCCACAGGGGCCCAACCUGAGACUUCACUCUCACAGAAGGACCCUGAAUCUACACAGCCACCUCUUUCUAAUACGGGGGCCCAAGAACAAACUUUUACCCAGCGACCCUUCUGGAAUUUUAUCAACAAGAUUCGACAGGCCCUCCUCUCUGGUCGCCCCUGUGGGCUCCUGAAACCCAGAGUGCCCUUGGCAGGUAAAGGUCCUGCAACUGGAUUGGGAACAAGGCCCAUGCCUCAUCCUGGGGUGCUCGGGGGCAUCAAAAAUCCAAAUACUGGCUGGGGGAAUAUUAAUCGGUUUCCAGGUAUCAGCGGGGGGAAUAUGAAUCAGUUUCCUGGUAUCACCGGGGGGAACAUGAAUCAGUUUCCUGGUAUCGGUGGGGGGAUUAUUAACCGGAUUCCUGGUAUUAAUAAUCUUUUUCCUCCUGGAGUUGCCCAUCCCCCUGGCUCUUCUCGGAGCAUCUCACCUGACUUGGCCAAUCCUGAAAAUGCUGGGUCAGAGUAG